UUCCGCUCUGUCGUCAUCACCGAGCGACAUUUUCUCCGGGCGCAAGUGGCUGAAUCGGAAUCCCCUCGACAGGAAAAACAAAUGGCACCGUCACCCACAAAGCGGAAGGAGGAGGAAAAAACAAAAGACAGAGGCAAAGAAAAGACUGGUACCAAGGAAGGAGAUAAGGAGAGAGGACGGGAUAAAGCUAGGAAACGUCGCAGCGCCUCCACCGGCAGCAGUACCAGCAGAUCUAGCUCCUCUUCAAGCAGCAGCUCUGGUUCGAGCUCAGGUUCCUCAAGUGGAUCCAGCUCAUCUGGAUCCAGCCGCUCUGGUUCUUCAAGCUCUCGUUCCUCAUCUUCCAGCUCCUCAGGCUCCCCCAGCCCCAGCCGUAGACGCCAUGACAACCGCCGCCGAUCCCGCUCAGCGUCCAAAACACAGAAGAGGGGAGAUGACAAGGAGAGAAGGAAAAGAAGCCCAAGCCCCAAACCAACUAAAGUUCACUUAGGGCGGCUGACCAGGAAUGUCACCAAGGACCACAUCCAGGAGAUCUUUUCCACUUAUGGAAAAAUCAAAAUGGUCGAUAUGCCAAUGGACAGGGUCCACCCACACCUGUCCAGGGGCUACGCUUAUGUGGAGUUUGAGACUCCCGAUGAGGCCCAGAAGGCCCUCAAACACAUGGAUGGAGGUCAGAUUGAUGGACAGGAAAUCAGUGCAUCUGCCGUGCUGACUCAACGAGUUCGCCCUCCACCUCGUAGACCUUCUCCCCCUCGCAGAAUGCCCCCACCACCACCUAUGUGGCGUCGCAGUCCACCACGCAUGAGGAGAAGGUCCCGCUCCCCGAGGAGGCGGUCCCCACCACGCCGCCGCUCUCGCUCCAGAUCUCCUGGUCGCAGGCGCCACCGUUCUCGCUCCAGCUCUAACUCCUCCAGAUAGACGAGUUUCCUGUCUCCUGAUACCAAGUGAUCUCUCAGAUUAUGACACCAGAUCAACUAGAGUUCAUGCUUUUCCCAGAAUUUAUGGACUAACAAGAAAUAAAAUAAUCUGCAUUGUAGCAAACAUAAACAUCUGCCUGCAUGUAGAAAGCAUAAAUGGGUUUUUUGUGCAAAUAUGAGCAUUUUCUUUUCAUAUUUUGUGUUCUGUUGAUCCUGAAAGCUGUCUCACUAUUUAUGUUGUGUUUCAAGCUGAGGCUGGGCUCCACUGAGAUCUGCAAAUAUUUCUUUUAAAGUGUGAUUUCUUUUUACCAUGUACUAAAUUUUUAGACAUUUUGAAAAAUAAAAUUACUGAAACAUG